UCUGUGGUCAACCGUCAAAGUCAAAAUAUCAAAAAAUUUUUAAUUUUUAAUUUUUUAGUUUUUAAGAUCUGUGUUUAAGAUAAUCUAGGGCUGUUCUGUGAUCUAGGGUUUCUUUACCCAAUUAAUUCAAACAAAUGUUAUUAAAAUAGUUGUUCAUGAUGGAAAAAACACCAUAGUAUGUAAUAUUUUUAAUAUAAGUGAGGAUAUACAUUUUUUGAAAACAAACGACAUAGAAAGUUUACUGCUUUACUUAAAAAAGACAAAAAUGGCUUUCAACGGAGUCAAUAUAUCAGUUGAAGCGCCAAUCGAAAACCAAAUUCAAGAGAUCACUUAUGAUGGAGUAGAAAUUUAUCAACCACCUCUAACAUUAUCUGAGAGCCUAGCAAAAUACGCCCAAAAGAUCGACUUCAGUAAAACCGAGGCAGAUUUAAAAUGUGAAGAUACUCUAGACGAUUCUAAAUCGGACAGCGAUAGCAAAGAGGCAUUUCAGUCAUCUUUAUGGCCAUGGGAUAAUGUCAGAAAUAAAUUGAGAAAUGCCUUUCAAGAAAUAUGUGUUUUAGCUGAUGUAUUAGCGGUGGCAAAAGAUAAGAAAUAUAUGGUUUUAGACCCGGUACCGCAAGAACCACUAGAGACAAAAACUAUGGUCCAGAUAUUUGCAAGAAAAAAAGCUUUGGCAGGGGCUGCUGAUGUUUUGCUUGCUGGCGUUGAGAAACUGAAAACUUCCCAGAAUGAAGCAGCUAGAAACCGUACUACACCCGACUUUCAUAUAGAAUUGUUAAGAUUGCGACAAAACUGGAGGCUAAAGAAGGUUUCCAACACAAUUAUAGGGGAUUUGAGUUAUAGGACAGCCGGGUCUAAAUAUUUGCAAACUGGAACAUUCGAAGUGACUAAAGCAGAAGAAGAUGAAAAAUCUAGUAGUCCUCCAAGUAGUCCAGGGGGCGUUCCUCCCAUUAAACCAAGCAGUGCACUGAAAGUUUCCAUUCCUUCAGAGUUGCAAGGGGUUGCCUAUAUCGAAGUUUUAUGUCAGAAGGAUCAAGAGGAUCUCUGUUCGGCCAACAUAAAUCUACUCGGUUCGGGUGCACCUUCCUCCAAUCCCGACAUGCACUGGCAACAGAAACUAGAAGCUGCUCAGAACGUUCUCUUUUGCAAGGAACUAUUCAACCAGUUGGCGAAGGAGGCUGUGGAAUUGCAAGCUCCCAUUCCACACAUGGUUGUGGGAAAUCAGAUCAUGGCUACCGUGUUACCCGGUAUCCAACUUAUUAUUGCCCUGAGACAUUCAACUACGGCGGAUAAAAAGCUAGAAAAGCCGGCUCCGUCAAAAAGUGAACAUGAUCACGUGUUAGAACAUUCCUUACAUCAGUUACUGAGAGAAGUUCACCAUAAAAAUACUCAUCAUCCGUUUCCUCAUCCCGCAACGGGACCUUUGGGCCCAUCUAAAAAAAGAAUGAUGGCAGGGCCUAUGGCUGCUGAUCGAUACGAACUCCUCGAAAUGACCAAACAAGAAAAAUUACUCGAGCAAAUAGUGAAACAGGCGCAACAUUUUAUUAUGCGCAUGCGUACCGAGUACGUUUUGGACACUAUAGCCAAGGAGUUUAAGGAUCCUUUGAUUUCGUCCCACUGGAACACUCUGAACAGCCCCACGCAGUCCUGCGUUAAGAUAAAUAUAUCCACGCACGGAUACGAUGCCGUCUGUAGGACUCCUUUGGUAAUACACGUGGGGGAAAAGAGUCUAAAAUGUAUCUGCAGGGAUGGUAAAGUGAUGAACAUGAGCUACGAACCGCAAGAACUGAGAGAUUUGAUUUUUUGUCACAUAAACCAACAUCAAAUUUUAGCGAUACAAGCUCUGGCCAAGACAAUGGGCUGGCAGUCCCUAGGAAAUUCUAAUCAUUUAGGCAGUGGGCCAGUGGAACCUCUAGGAAACGCAGCUUCCUGUCUGCUGGUUUCGCCCACAGGCGACCGGAUUAUAGCGGUGCGUUGCGAGCCCCAGGCCAGCGGUCUGCAGGUUUCGGUGGCCCAUUCGCCCAGAACGGAUUUCUUUCCUAGCCGCCUGGUGACCGAACGCAAGUGGGAACACCUCGGAGGCCAGUUUAGGGACGUGAGGCUGGAUAAGAUGGAGGGAAAAAAUUUUCUACACAAGAUGGAAUUGCUGAUGGCCAGUUUAACCAGCAACUCGUAAAGAUAUAUCGAAGGAAAAUCAUUUAUUAAUAAGAAAUUUAGAUAUGAUUUUGUAAAAAAAUAUAUUAAAUAAACGAUUUGU